CGCCAUUCUCCUGUCAGUUGUCGUCGCUGUUGGAUGCUUUUGAACCAGUUCAACUUUGCCGAAGAAGUUAUUGAUCGAUAUGGUAGUCCAGAAGUCUAGUAAGGUCCGUGAAACACAGGACAAAGAAGGAACAACAGCGUAUAUUUCUGAUAAACUGAAGUCCUGCAUUAGUUCUAGACCUUCAUCUGGAUCUAUUGGCGUAAGUGUACCUCUCCCUCCUCCUGAAGAUACGUCGUCGACAAUUUCUGACAGCAGUGGAGGAGGUAGUGAAACUGAACGAGGGACUUGGGGAAGACAGUUGGACUUCUUUCUCUCUUGUGUCGGUUAUGCUGUUGGACUAGGCAACAUAUGGCGUUUUCCUUACCUAUGUUAUCAAAGUGGAGGAGGUGCCUUUCUUGUACCUUAUUUGCUCUUCCUGGUUAUCUGUGGUAUGCCAUUAUUCUUCUUGGAAAUGAGCUUUGGACAAUUCGCUAGUUUAGGUCCUGUAGCGAUAUGGAAGAUCUGUCCAAUCUUCAAAGGCCUUGGAUAUGGAAUGGCGAUAAUAUCUGGAGUUGUAUGCAUUUAUUACAAUGUUAUUAUAGCUUGGACCCUUUAUUAUAUUUAUCAAUCUUAUAAUGUUUCCUGGUCAACGUGUGACAACUGGUGGAAUACACCGAACUGUUUUGAUCAAAGGACUCCGAAACAGCAAGCUCUAGUAGGAAAUAAUUCGGUCUUAUUCAUGAACAUCUCAUGGAACGAUACAUUCAGUAAUGAUGUCGUCAAUGUCGUUACCAAUGCUUCGAAAAAAACUGCAAGUGAAGAAUUCUGGCUGUUAAACGUGUUGCAUCAAAGUGAUGGUAUUGAAAAUCUUGGAGAAAUACAGUGGCCUUUAGCGUUGACUCUGUUCAUUGCAUGGGUGCUUGUUUUUUUGUGCUUGCAAAAGGGUGUGAAAUCAUCUGGAAAGGUUGUAUAUGUCUCUGCAACAUUUCCGUAUAUUGUUCUUGUCUGCCUGUUAGUCAGAGGUUUAACACUACCUGGUGCAUGGAAGGGAAUUGCUUUUUAUCUUACUCCCAGAUGGGAAUUAUUGAUGAGUUUUAAGGUUUGGGGAGAUGCUGCAACUCAAAUAUUUUAUUCUGUUGGUGCUGCUUGGGGAGCAAUUCUCACAAUGGCUAGCUAUAACAAAUUUAGCAACAAUGUUUACAGAGAUUCUUUGCUUAUUCCUUUGAUAAACUGUGGAACCAGUAUUUUUGCCGGAUUUGUAGUUUUCUCAAUUAUUGGAUUUAUGGCUUAUGAAACUGGACAAAAAAUUGAAGAUGUAGUAUCUCAAGGUCCUGGCUUAGCUUUUGUAGUAUAUCCAGAGGCAAUCUCACGAUUGCCUCUUUCGCCCAUUUGGGCAUUUCUUUUUUUCUUUAUGCUUUUUGCAAUUGGUCUGGAUAGUCAGUUUGGUAUGUUUGAAACAGCUAUAAGUGCUUUUGUUGAUGAAUUCCCAGAUGUCUUGCAAAAAAGAAAAACUCUUUUCACUGCAUUCCUUUGCUGCGUGAUGUUUCUUCUAGGAUUACCUUGUGUUACUGAGGGAGGAAUGUUUGUUUUGCAGCUAAUGGACAAAUACAGUGCAGCAUUUUCGCUUAUGAUCAUUUCACUCUUAGAAACAGUUUCUAUUUGUUGGGUAUAUGGAGUAGAUCGUUUCAUGCAGGACAUCAGUUUAAUGAUAAAGCGCACACCUUCAACUUGGUGGAAAUUAUGUUGGUGUUAUAUUACCCCUGGUACAAUUAUCUGUCUUCUAGGAUUUAUUAUUGCUAACCAUGAACCGGCUACUUACAACGGUUACAAGUAUCCAAAUUGGUCACUUGUUUUGGGAUGGAUGAUGGCAAUGUGCUCUAUUGUACCAGUUCCAAUUAUUGCAAUUGCACAGCUUUUGAAAGCGAAGGGAUCUUUUAAAGAGAGGCUCUUAACAUGCUUGAGACCAACUCCAGAAUGGGGACCAGCUUUAGAAGAGCAUAGAAUUAUGUAUAAGAAGAGUUUGUCUAGUGUAACAAGUAAUUUUCCGCAGAAAAGUGUUGCUGGUUUAGGUCAUAGUGCCAGUAAAUCCCAAAUGCAUGAUGGGACAUGCAUGGCUGAAGAAGCUCCAUUGAACACAGAAAGUAUCGUGUGAAAACAUGCAGAACAUGAAAAAUGAAAAGCAGAAAAUAGUUAUGUACUAGAGCCACAUUAUUUAGCUCAUCUUGAGUGAGUUGAUCCUGGCCUGUGGACACAGCUUUUUGGCAUUUUUUACUGGAGACUCGUAUGGUUUUACUGUGUAAGAUUCCAGCACUGCAGUCGACUGAACUGGGAAAAAAAAUUGUCUGAUAAUCAGAUUUGGGGAAGAGGCAUAUUCCCUAAACAGAAAUUGUAUUUCUGAAAUGUGAUAUAAUUGUGAGUUUCUUUUAAGAACAUAAGAAUCACAUGUUGCACAAUCUGAGAAAGUUGGGAGCAAUGAUAGCAUUCAUUUUGUAAUUUUAAGAGUAAUAGCAUUUAUGCAUUCAUUUUGAUUUUAAAUUUUGUUCAAAAUAAGUCGCAAAUUAAGUUAUAAUUUCUCUUUUGUUUGAGGCCUGUUUAGUUUUAUCAGGAGAGAACAUUUUUACCGUCUCAUUUAGUUCUUUAUUGAAUUGAUUUUAAAUUCUUCGUUGAGUUGAGGUUUAUAUCUCGUGCUUUUUUUAUGGACGAACUUGCUGUGAAUUUCAGUUAAAUUUUGGUUUUAGAAGAUAGAUUAUAUUCUUUACCAUUUCUAUUACCUUAUGGUUCAGCGUUUAACAAUAUUUUAUACAGUAAUGGCUAUAAAUAUUGCACUUAUUUAUGCAGAAUUUGGAGACUAUUCUGAAUUCAGAUGCGUAGUGCAUGAAAGAUUUUAUUUUUACUUAAGAAAUAACAGGUUUUGAAGAGUCGUCUAGUGAUUCGAUAAUGUGUAUAUAUAUCGUCUAGGGAGUAAACAUUUAUUUUUUAACAUUAAAUUUUUUUAGAGCUGUAAAAUCAUCUAAAUUAUUUUAUUACUUAUUUACUUAAGUUAUAGUGCAUAUUUAAUUUCAAAUUUAUAAUAGCAGGAUUACAUUUUUUUUCACAUCUUUUGACAAAACUUCCUUUUUAAAACGGUGCUGAGAACUUAAAAUGUGCCUAAUGAUUUUUAUUUUUUUCACUUUUAUUGUAUUUCAUUUUUAUUUAUUCCUUAUUUCCAUUUUUAAACAUUUUAGUUUAGUGUUUUGUGCAUUUUUAUAAUUUCAAUUUUGCAGCCGAAGAUGAGAGGCUGACCUAUAUUGUGUGAUAUACCAAUUUGGAAAUAAACUUAUCUUUUCAUGCUUUUUGAACAUUUUUAAGUGAAAUAAUAAAUUGUAUUUUCAGAUACGAAA